AUGCCGCUGGGCUUUGCGUGGUGGCACCGUGGCGGGCCUGGAGCAUCGGUGGCAUCGGUGUCCCCCCACACGCUGUACGAGCUGGGGCUUUGCGUGUCCCAGGCUAAAACGCAGGCGCUGGGGGCUCCCAGCGAGCUCGGGCAGGUGUCACCGGGAAACGGCUACAUCGAAGGCAAAGAGCUGGAAAACUUCUUCCAGGAGCUGGAAAGCGCCAGGAAGGGGGCCGGCGUGGGCUCCAAGAAGGACAACUUUGGCGAGAAGAUGAAGGAGUUCAUGCACAAGUACGACAAAAACGCGGACGGCAAGAUCGAGAUGGCCGAGCUGGCCCAGAUCCUGCCCACGGAGGAGAACUUCCUGCUGUGCUUCCGCCAGCACGUCGGCUCCAGCUCCGAGUUCAUGGAGGCCUGGCGCAGGUACGACACGGACCGCAGCGGCUACAUCGAGGCCAACGAGCGCAAGGGCUUCUUGUCGGACCUGCUGAAGAAGGCGAACAGGCCCCACGACGAGGCCAAGCUGCAGGAGUACACGCAGACCAUCCUGCGGAUGUUCGACAUGAACGGGGACGGGAAGCUGGGCCUCUCGGAGAUGUCCCGACUGUUGCCUGUGCAAGAGAACUUCCUCCUGAAGUUUCAGGGAAUGAAGCUGUCGUCGGAGGAAUUCAAUGCUAUCUUUGCGUUUUACGAUAAGGACGGCAGCGGCUUCAUAGACGAGAAUGAGCUGGACGCCCUUUUGAAAGACCUGUACGAGAAGAACAAGAAAGAGAUGAGCAUCCAGCAACUCACCAACUACAGAAAGAGCAUCAUGAACCUCUCCGACGGGGGCAAGCUCUACCGCAAGGAACUGGAGAUCGUGCUCUGCAACGAGCCCCCCGUGUAGGGUCCCCCCACGCUCC